CUUUGACAGCAGCCGCCACAAGUCUUUCCGCCUCCCCAGCCUGCCUGGGAGCUGGGAGCUGGAUUAUGGUGGCCUGACCAGCAAACGCAGCCGCAGGAGCCCGGAGCCCCAGCCCCUGCCCCCUGCCGAUUUGCCGGGAGGAUCGGGACACCGGCUGACCUGCCAUGCCUGCCCCUCCCAGCCCUGGGGAGGCUCUGAGUCGGCCUCUUCCAGAACGCUGCUGAGGCUGGUCGCUAGCGGCCAGAUGUAGCCCGGCUUCGGAUUCCUCUCUUCACCUUCUCUCUCUGCGGAUUUCUCCUGCCUGCUACCCACAGCCAGAACAGGGGCUGGCCGAGGGGCCUGCAGGCUCUGGAGCCCUGAUGCCUCGCAGCUCACUCCCCUGAGAAGCUACCACCAGCACCAGAGUUGGGGGCAGGCAACAGGACGGACGUGGGCCAGAGGGCUUAAAGGCCGGGGCCCACCAUGGCCCAAGCACUGCCCUGGCUCCUGCUGUGGAUGGGCUCCGGCAUGCUGCCUGCCCACUGCACCCAGCCUGGCAUCCGACUGCCCCUGCGAAGCGGGCUUGGGGGGGCCCUCCUGGGGCUGCGACUACCCCGGGAGACCGACGAGGAGCAGGAGGAGCCCAGCCGGAGAGGCAGCUUUGUGGAGAUGGUGGACAACCUGAGGGGCAAGUCUGGCCAGGGCUACUAUGUGGAGAUGACCGUGGGCAGCCCCCCACAGACGCUUAACAUCCUGGUGGAUACAGGCAGCAGUAAUUUUGCAGUGGGGGCUGCGCCCCACCCUUUCCUGCAUCGCUACUACCAGCGGCAGCUGUCCAGCACCUACCGGGACCUGCGAAAGGGCGUGUAUGUGCCCUACACCCAGGGCAAGUGGGAGGGGGAGCUGGGCACCGACCUGGUGAGCAUCCCCCAUGGUCCCAAUGUCACCGUGCGUGCCAACAUCGCUGCCAUCACUGAAUCAGACAAGUUCUUCAUCAAUGGCUCCAACUGGGAGGGCAUCCUGGGGUUGGCCUAUGCUGAGAUCGCCAGGCCUGAUGACUCCUUGGAGCCUUUCUUUGACUCCUUGGUAAAGCAGACCCACGUUCCCAACCUCUUCUCCCUGCAGCUCUGUGGUGCUGGCUUUCCCUUCAACCAGUCAGAAGCACUGGCCUCAGUUGGAGGGAGCAUGAUCAUUGGGGGCAUCGACCACUCGCUGUACACAGGCAGUCUCUGGUACACACCCAUCCGGCGGGAGUGGUAUUAUGAGGUGAUCAUUGUGCGGGUGGAGAUCAACGGACAGGAUCUGAAAAUGGACUGCAAGGAGUACAACUAUGACAAGAGCAUUGUGGACAGUGGUACCACCAACCUGCGUCUGCCCAAGAAAGUGUUUGAAGCUGCUGUCAAAUCCAUCAAGGCAGCCUCCUCGACGGAGAAGUUUCCAGACGGUUUCUGGCUCGGGGAGCAGCUGGUAUGCUGGCAAGCAGGCACCACCCCUUGGAACAUUUUCCCAGUCAUCUCCCUCUACCUAAUGGGUGAAGUCACCAAUCAGUCCUUCCGCAUCACCAUCCUUCCACAGCAAUACCUUCGGCCAGUGGAAGAUGUGGCCACAUCCCAAGAUGACUGUUACAAAUUCGCCAUCUCACAGUCCUCCACGGGCACUGUUAUGGGAGCUGUUAUCAUGGAGGGCUUCUACGUGGUCUUUGAUCGGGCCCGAAAACGAAUUGGCUUUGCCGUCAGCGCUUGCCAUGUACACGAUGAAUUCAGGACGGCAGCAGUGGAAGGUCCUUUUGUCACUCCGGACAUGGAAGACUGUGGCUACAACAUUCCCCAGACAGAUGAAUCCACCCUCAUGACCAUUGCCUAUGUCAUGGCUGCCAUCUGCGCUCUCUUCAUGCUGCCACUCUGCCUCAUGGUGUGUCAGUGGCGCUGCCUCCGCUGCCUCCGCCAUCAACACGAUGACUUUGCUGAUGACAUCUCCCUGCUGAAGUGAGGAGGAACACAGGCAGAAGAUCGAGAUUCCCCAGACCACAUCUGGGUGGUUCACUUUCACUUUGGUCACAAGUAGGAGACACAGGUGGCACCUGUGACCAAAGCACCUCAAGACCCUCACUCACCUGCCAAAUGCCUCUGUCUUGACAGAAAUGAAGGAAAGCUGGCAAGGUGGGUUGCAGGGAUUGCGCCUGUAGCAAACAGUAGAGGGAAGAAAGCAGCACUCUGGUGGCGGGAAUACUCUUAGUCAGUUCAAACUUGAGUUUGGAAAUUCUGCUGCUUGAAACUUCAGCCCUGAACCUUUGCCCUCCAUUCCUUUAGAUUCUCCAUCCCAAAGUAUUCUUCUUUCCUGAGUUCCAGAAGCAGUGGCAUCACACCCAGUGUCUGUCUCUGUAACAUGCUGGCAGAGGAAGGGGCCAAUCUUGUUUCUCUGCUGGCCAAAGUCAGUGGGAGCAGAGGCACAGUUUGCUAUUUGCUUUAGAGAUAGGGGCUGUACAAACGAGCCUAACAUUGGUGCAAAGACUGCCUCUUGAACUGAAUAACAAAUGAUUGGAUUGAAUAUUUGUAUAAAUGGGGGUGACGGGAAGAGGAGAAGGGGAGGAGGACAGAGACAGGGAACCCCUGGAUGAAAGCUAGAAGGGCAGAAAAAUGACCACUCGCCAGUCCCAGAUUUAGAUGGCAUCUCCAAGACAGAAUCCCAUCUCAGAAGACGGGUAUUGCUUCCCAAUGCUUUCUUUUCUGUGGUGGGCAGCCUAACCAAAAUGAGAUGGAAAGAAGGGAUUAUCUAACCAAAAAGGUUUUUUUAGCUCUCUUAAAUUGAAAAGUACCCACUAAGAAAUUCCAUUUAACAGAUGAAUUUCUACCUUAUUAAUUCCACUUAUUUGUACCCAAGCCGUUCACUCCACAUAUGACAGGUAGCACUGAAAUGCCCCAACCCUCUGAAAGCCCCAGGAGCCCUAUGGGAAAGCAAAUAAAGCGGGGCUGGGCUUUGUCUUCCUGGUUUGUGUUCACCUCUUCCCCAAGUUCCCACUCCUCUAGAGCUUUGUAGCUGAGGUGCUAAGAGGAAUAGUCAGAAGACCUCUCCUACCUAAUUCCUGAAAGCAGAAUCCUGAAGAUUCAUUCAGCAGGUACAGGAGUCAGCACCCUAUACCUCUACCUGGAUUUCUUCCUGUCCGGCUUAAGAACUAAUAAGAUCUCUGCCUAAUACUGAGCAGUGUCAUUGCCUUCUCAUCCUCCUUAUUGUUCCCUCCAUUUACUGGGCUAAGACACCCCACAGGGGCACUAGAGUAUUAUAUCAAGAGUGUCGGAAGCACAGGGCUAUAUGGCUCUAGCAUCAUCGUCUUCAGUAUCAGGGCUGCCCGGAGAAAGGAUAGCAGCUUCAGGCCUUCUUUGUUUCUUUCACCACUAGAGCUGCUCACCGGAGGCCGUCCUUUCUCGCUAUCCUGUUCUCCCCACUCCUAAAAGUACUUGGGUACCCAGGCUGGUUCUUGGGCUAGAUAGUGGGGGCCAAGGUUAUUUCCUCCCUAUCGGUUCCAGCAGUCAACUCUGACACCAGUGUUAGUAGGAAGAGCUGAAUUUUCCUAGUAUACCCACCGGAUCCUAUUCCUAUCUGGUCAACACACUGCUUCCAGGCACGGGGCCUGCGGAGUGUCGAACCACCUGAUGAGGGAGAGGGAAACACAAGGAGGGCCUCUGGAGAUCCUGGCCUCAGCCAGCUGCCCACAAGCCAUAAACCAAUAAACAAGAAUUUUGAGUC